AUGUCUACCGCACGCUUCGCUCCUCUCCUGAGAACCCGGGUGGCUGUUCCCACUACACGCUACCAGGCAAUUCGAUCGAUCUCUGCCACCGCAUCAUACAAUAAGGGGGCUGUGGACGCAACCAAGGACACCUUAAAGAAAGCCGAUCGGACCCUUUCUGAUGCUGCUGUCAAAGGCAUCAACAAGGGUGAGCAAGCCGCCCAUCACCUCAAAGACGCCGUCGGUGCCGGAGCACAACAAGCAAAGGAGAAGUCGGGAGACGUGAAGGGCGAGGCUGCCGAGCUUGCAGGCAAGGGCAAGGGCAAGGCCGGGGAGGCAAUGGGUGAGGCCAAGGGCAAGGCCGAGGAGGCAAUGGGCGAGGCCAAGGGCAAGGCAAAAGAAGCAGCGGGUGAUGUUGAGGCCAAGGCUAAGGAGGCCAAGGGACGCCUUUGA